AUGUCGAAGACAGCAGCGAAGUUGGCCGAUGCCAUGAGCCGCAGAGAUGUGAUUUUUGCGAUGGUUGAUGCAGCGGAAGAAUUUAUUGCGCAGUAUAACGGAGAUCGUGAUCAUCGACAAGUUCCAGUUCGGAUGGAAACCUUAGACAGACUGAAUCUGGAGUUUGCCGAAGCCCAAACUGACAUCGAACGGAACGACGAUCAGGAGAAUAAGAAAUCCCAUUUAGAAGAACGUGUGCAGUUCGAGGCCCGUUAUUGUGAAGCGAAAGGUUUGUUGCUCUCUACCAGCCCCCCAGCAGACGCAAAUCAAUCUUCGGUGUGCAAUGCAACCUUGCUCGGUUCUGUUCCCCCUUGGUUCCAUCUCCGCUUGCCAAAAAUUGAUCUCCCAAAGUUUAAUGGUGACUUUUCUCGUUGGCUGUCGUUUCGGGACACAUUUUCUUCAAUGGUUCAUUCAAACUCGGACAUUCCAACCGUAGCCAAACUGCAAUAUUUGCUGCAAUGUUUAGAAGGAGAAGCACGUAAACCUUUUGAGUCAGUUGAUGUGGAGGCCAACAAUUAUGGAAAUGCCUGGAGUACACUUCUUAAGCGGUACGAUAACCGAAAGUUAUUGAAGCGACAGCUAUUUAAGGCCAUUUACGAUCUCCCACCAGUAAAUAGAGAAUCACCAGAAGAUUUGCACAACCUGAUUGAUGAUUUUGAUCGACAUGUAAAGGCGAUGGCGAAACUAGAUGAACCCGUUGAACAUUGGGAUACCCCACUUCUGAAUCUUCUCUCCUACAAACUAGAUCACGUAACAUUGCGAGCUUGGGAAGAGAAGACCAGCGAAAAUGAUGACGUUAAAUACACCCAAAUGAUAGAGUUCCUUCAUCAGCGAGUUCGUGUACUCAAAACAGUUAUGCCAGCUAAACUCCAGCAAUCGGAAGUGGCCAAAUCGACUGGUUCAAAGUACACUUCCAAGAAGAUGGUAGCAAACACAGUUGCAGCAGGGGCAAAGCCCACCUUUCCUUCUUGCGUCGCCUGUAAAGAAAAGCAUCUGUUAUUCCAAUGCCCAAGGUUUGAAAGUUGGCCCGUUCAUCGUCGCCGUGAAUUAGUAGCAUCUAAGCGUUUAUGCUUCAACUGCUUCCGAUCAGGUCAUGUUGCCAUGAAAUGUGUAUCCAAGUACACUUGUCGAACAUGCCACGAAAGGCAUCAUUCUUUACUACACCUUCCCUCGUCAUCGAAGUCUAGCAUACAGUCCAUUCCACAAAUUUCGCAAGGUGCCCUACAACUUCAAGCUGCACAACCCCAAGCCGUACAACCAUCAGCCGUACAACCAACACCGCUAGAACAGCCUGGCACUUCAGCACAACAUGUUAGCCUAUCCGUUCAAUCGUCAAACAGCACAGUAUUACUACAAACAGUGGGGCUCCUGAUUGUAGAUAAGCACGGAAACGAGUUACCGGCCCGGGCGCUAUUAGAUUCCGCCAGCAUGUGUAAUUUUAUAACGAAAAAACUAUCAAAUGCACUUGAUCUUCGUCGAAAAACAGUUGACAUCGCGGUGUCAGGAAUCGGAGAUUCUGCGAAGCAGAUAAGAUGUCAAUUAACUGCAACGAUACGUUCACGAGUUUCUCCAUUCACAACCAGUUUAGAGUUCCUAGUUCUCAAGAAACCAACAGCAUGUUUGCCCACAGUGCCCGUUGAUUUCUCACAAUGGGGAAUGCCUGAUGUUACGUUAGCCGAUCCAGCAUUUAACAUCCCUGCCGACAUCGAUCUUGUUGUUGGAGGCGAAGUGUACCACGAUUUUUACAACGGCAGCAAGAUUUCUCUUGGCGAUGGAUUACCAGUUCUCGUCGACACUGUGUUUGGAUGGACGAUAUCCGGGUCGGCACCGAUUAAAUCAAAUCAAGUCCCUCUAGUGUGUCACCUUAGCACUGUUGAUCGUGAUCUUGAACAAGCAGUGCAACGUUUUUGGGAACUCGAAUCUAUAAUACCGUCAUCAUUGUACACAAGUGAGGAGAAGAAGUGCGAAGAAUUGUUUAUCACUACCACCACUCGCGAUUCGUCCGGUCGUUUCGUCGUUCGACUGCCACUCGCGUGUGACCCUCAAGUAACCAUCGGUGACUCCCGUGCUAUCGCCGAACGUCGCUUUCUCAGUCUUGAACGAAGACUGUACCGUAACCUGCAAAUCUGUGAAGACUACACAAAAUUCAUCGAAGAAUACAUUCAGCUGGGCCAUAUGACCAAGGUCGACGAUCCUGUUGAUGAUUCUUACCCGCAUUGCUACCUUCCGCAUCACCCUGUAUUCAAAGAAUCGAGCACCAGCACAAAGAUCCGUGUAGUCUUCGACGCAUCCUGCAAGACGUCGUCUGGUUUUUCAAUAAACGACCUGCAGUUAGUUGGUCCAGUAAUUCAAGACGAUUUGCUGUCGAUAGUCUUACGUUUCCGCAAGCACCCAAUAGCCCUUGUAGCAGACAUCGAGAAGAUGUAUCGCCAGGUGAAAUUACAUCCGAAUGAUUGCGUCUUCCAACGAAUCCUUUGGCGAACCGAUCCCCAAGAUCCCAUCCACACAUACGAACUCCAAACAGUUACGUACGGUUUUGCCUCAGCACCAUUUCUGGCCACCCGCGCACUCCAACAGGUGGCCGAAAAAGAAAGCGACAAGUAUCCCGUGGCGGCAGCAAUAUUUUAA